AUGCGAGUAUACAUCGGGAUCUCUUAUUUCGGCAUAGACCCUUUUUAUCGAUGCCAAGUCCCGCGUCUUGGAGUAGAAGGAAAGCAGGGCAUUGGCAACGUGGGAAAAACUUUGAAGGGCGGAUUUAACGCAGAGGGCGUGGAGUUGAACGCCCACUCUGAUUUGGCGGGAGUUGGCGCAGGCGUCGUUGGCUUCUCCGUUUCUCAAAACAGAAAGGGCGGGCUUCAGUUUCCCGUCGAUCGCAUCGCCCGUUUUCUUAAGGCCGAAAAAUACGUCGAACGAGUUGGCGUCGGUGCUCCAGUCUACCUCGUCGUUGUCCUCGAGUACCUUGUCAUUGAGGUUCUCGAAUUGGCCGACAACGAUGCCAAGGAUAAUAAGAAGACAAGAACUGUUCCCCGACACAUUCAUCUCGCCGUGAGGAACGACGAGGAGCUAAGCAAGCUUCUUGGAGAUGUUAUGAUUGAAAUAAGUUGUUAA